UUCGCAUUGUUUCCAUUAGCAUUAUUGCGCGGGUUUUUAUUCCGAAAGUGUAUACAAUUGUAUUGCUUACUUAUUCAUUAACUAGUUGUAUGCAAAGUAAAGCGCUGGAAGCUGAUUAAAUCGCUGGUCGCGAUGUCCAAGAAGCCUGUCGCGCAAAGGAAACAGCUUACACUUAGCAGCUUUAUUGGUCUGGAUGGCAAUUCCCAGAGUCAACCCAAGAGCAGAGCCGCAAUUGUGAGAAGCAAGCCCCCUGCAGUCUACAAUCCCAUCUUUCUGGACGCGUCGUCAUCCGACGAUGAAUCUACGGAGAUAUCAAGUCAAUCCAGCAAUGGCACUAUUGCCAAGAAGAAGUCCAGUAGAGAUCCUAGAACCGCAAAGCUUAAAAAACACACAUACCUCGAUUUGUCGGUGUCCCCACUAGCUGAACUUUCUGCCCAGAAAUCUGCCAGAGAUUCGCCCAAGAAGCCCAAAUUCCUCGAUCUGUCGGUAUCCCCACUAGUUGAACUUCCUGCCAAAAAAUCGGACAGAGAUUCGCCCAAAAAGCCAGCACAGAAUGAGAAUAGUUACAGGUAUCGGGGAUUGUCUGAAUCCCCUGUUGAAAAAAAAUCCCUUGGCGAUAUACUAAGAAAACCACCUCAAAAAGAGAGGAAAACAUCAAUAGUUUGUCUUUCGGACUCUCCGGAAAAGAAAGUGUCGCAAAAUGAGAGGAAGACCACAGACUCUCCACUCCAAAGCUACUCAUUCGAGGACUUUCCAAACAAACAAAAUGGAAAUAGGCAUCACCUACUCACGCUGCCUGAUUCGCCGCCACCCCCGCAUCCUGAUUCGUCGCCCCCUCCGCAGCCUGUCAAGAAACCGGAGGAAACUAUGUUGCAAAAUGAAACAAAAACGUUUCAGGAUAAGGAGUCUUCUGUAAAGCCACCAGUUAGCAACAAUCUGGCCUCCGUUUCGACUCUACUUGACUCAUCGCGGGCUCCAAAUACAUAUAAAGGCAGUAGUCGCAAUCUUUUUGAGGAUUCUCCAGAGAAAAGUGUCAGCGGGGAACAUGGCUAUAAACUGGGUUCAGCGAAAGAAAAUGAAAUCCCGACAAGGCCUGCGCCCGCUUCUCUGGAGCGAAAUAGCCUCUCCUCCUCUCCACCACCAGCGGCACCAAUGAAGCCCAGGUACAGUGUGGCUUUUGACAAUUCUCUUGCUGAUUACUUAAAGGACUUGGCCCAAAACGACAACUUCAGUAUCGAUCCCAAUAAACAGAAUACUGAGACACUGAAGAGCACCCUGGGAUUCUUUCGCAACACUUAUGUGGAGCUAAUGGAAAAGUAUUGCUCUCUGAUUGACCAGAUUCCCGCCAUGCACUUUAAUGAAAUAGCAGGCUUUCAGCCGAAUACGUUUCUCAAGCUCAAGGUAAUGCGACAAAAAUUUAAAGCGCGGACCCAGCUCGUCCAAAACAGUUUAGAUAAGAAAGAAAGCCAGCUAAAAGCGGAACAGGAAGCCCUUGAGAAGGAGGAAAUGGAAAUGCAGGCGGAGCAGGCUCAGCAGACGGUUUUAACAUCAUCAAUUAUAAGUCUAUCAUCUUCACCAGAGAAAAGUCGCCCGAUAUUGCCCCUGCCAAAAGUACAAGAAAGCAAGGAUGAAAAAAUACCCAAGCGGAAUCAGCUUAUACACGACCUUUGCGGAGAGCCAGACAAUUUUUCACCACCCAGCUCGCCUCGCGAUACGAAACCUAUUCCAAAACGACAGCAGCUCAUCCACGACCUUUGCGGGGAGCCAGAUGACUUCUCACCACCCAGCAAGCAGAAUGAUCCGCACCUGCUGCGAAAGUGCGAAGAACUUGUCCAUGACCUUUGCGAGGAACCGGACGACUACUUAGCACAGAGCAUGAUGCUAGACGGCGACCUGGAGGAGGAACAACUGAACGGGCCCACGCAGGGGACCACAACCAGCGGAGUGGAUGAUGACGAAGAUGACUUGGAGGGAUUGCUGGCGGAAAUCGAGGACGAGCAUCAGAAGAUGCAGGGCCGCAGGUCAGAGUUCAAUGGUUACAGCUAUAAGGAGUUGGAGGCUGUCAAAGUAAAGGAGAAGCAUAAGGAGACCCCGAUAAAUAUUUCGUUGGAUGAUGAUGGAUUUCCCGAGUACGAUGAGGCCAUGUUUGAACAAAUGCAUUCCCAGGCUGCUGCCAAUAAGAGCAUAGUAAGCAGUGCCGGCCCAAGUACCAGUAAGAGCGUUGUGCCUACCAAGCAAACCAGUGCCCUGGACUCCCAAAAGCUGUCAGGGAAUUUCCAUGCGAAUGUGCACAAUGACGGUAUCACCGGGGAGUUCGAUGGCCAAAAGUUUGAGCACUCCACCCGCCUUAUGCACGGACUGAGCUACAGCUUUGGUCUAAAAAGUUUCCGUCCCAAUCAGCUGCAGGUGAUCAACGCCACCCUUCUGGGCAAUGACUGCUUCGUCCUGAUGCCAACUGGCGGAGGAAAGUCGUUGUGCUAUCAGCUGCCUGCCAUUCUGACCGAGGGAGUGACCAUUGUUAUCAGUCCGUUGAAGUCGCUGAUCUUUGAUCAAAUCAAUAAACUGGCUUCCCUAGAUAUCUGUGCAAAGAGUCUGAGCGGAGAACAAAAAAUGGCCGAUGUCAUGGCCAUCUACAGGGAUUUGGAAUCUCAGCCACCUAUGGUCAAAUUGCUCUAUGUGACGCCUGAGAAAAUUAGCAGUUCGGCUCGCUUCCAGGACACUCUGGACACGCUUAAUUCCAACAACUAUAUAAGUAGAUUCGUUAUAGACGAGGCCCAUUGCGUCUCGCAGUGGGGUCAUGACUUUAGACCGGACUACAAGAAACUUGGUGUACUAAAGAAGCGGUUUCCAAAUGUUCCAACUAUUGCGUUAACAGCUACAGCCACGCCCCGCGUCCGCUUGGAUAUUCUGGCCCAACUGAAUCUAAAGAACUGCAAGUGGUUCCUCUCCAGUUUUAAUCGCAGCAACCUGCGGUACAGGGUACUGCCCAAAAAGGGUGUCUCGACGUUGGACGACAUAAGCAGGUACAUCCGCAGCAAACCGGCACACUUCAGUGGCAUAAUCUACUGCUUGUCCCGCAAGGAGUGCGAUGAGACGGCAAAGAAAAUGUGCAAGGAUGGCGUCCGGGCGGUAUCCUAUCAUGCUGGCCUCACUGACACUGAGCGUGAGAGUCGGCAAAAGGACUGGCUGACCGGAAAGAUAAGGGUGAUCUGUGCCACCGUUGCCUUCGGCAUGGGCAUCGAUAAACCAGAUGUCCGAUUCGUUUUACACUACUCACUGCCCAAGUCCAUCGAGGGCUAUUACCAGGAGGCAGGUCGCGCGGGUCGAGACGGUGACAUGGCUGAUUGCAUCUUGUACUACAACUAUUCGGACAUGCUCAGGAUUAAGAAAAUGCUGGACUCCGACAAAGCUCUGCAGUACAAUGUGAAGAAGAUACAUGUGGACAAUUUAUAUCGCAUUGUUGGGUACUGUGAGAAUCUUACAGAUUGCCGACGUGCCCAGCAGUUGGACUAUUUCGGGGAGCACUUUACCAGCGAACAGUGUCUGGAGAACAGAGAGACAGCUUGCGAUAAUUGCAUUAACAAACGAGCCUAUAAGGCGGUAGAUGCGGUGGAGCAUGCUCGUAAGGCUGCGCGAGCAGUCAAGGAUCUGUGCAGCGGUAGAUCCCGUUUCACACUGCUGCAUAUUGCCGACGUACUGAAAGGUUCAAAGAUCAAGAAAAUCAUUGACUUUAACCAUCACAAAACGCCUCACCAUGGCGCCCUGAAAGAUUGGGACAAGAACGAUGUACACAGGCUGCUGCGCAAAAUGGUCAUCGAUGGUUUCCUUAGGGAGGACCUAAUAUUUACAAACGAUUUUCCCCAGGCCUAUUUGUAUCUGGGCAACAACAUCAGUAAACUAAUGGAGGGCACGCCUAACUUCGAGUUUGCAGUGACCAAAAAUGCCAAGGAAGCCAAGGCGGCAGUUGGCAGCGUUUCUGAUGGUGCAACGAGCAGUACCGCUGAUGGACAGUCGGGAAUGCGGGAGAUUCACGAGCGCUGCUAUACAGAUCUAUUGGACCUAUGUCGAACCAUUGCCAGCCAGCGAAACGUUACCAUGGCUAGUAUCAUGAACAUUCAGGCCCUGAAGAGCAUGGCCGAAACACUGCCACUCACCGAGAAGGACAUGUGCAGCAUUCCGCACGUGACCAAGGCGAACUUUGAUAAAUACGGCGCCAAGCUGCUUGAAAUCACUAGCAACUAUGCAUCGGAGAAGCUGCUGAUGCAAGCCGUCCUGGACGAAGAGGUGGAACAGGCGGCCGCCAAACAGAGGCCCAGUACAUCUGGUUGGAAGAACGAAAGCGUGGACUGGGACAUGGCAGUUGCCUCACAGGGCAAUGCAAACACGAGCGGUGCCAGCGGUUUCAACUCGUUUAGAGCGGGCAAGAGGAAAAAGGUAUAUAAGUCAGGGGCCAGCAAGAGGUACAAAACGAGUACUACAUCGCCAGCGGCCAGGAAGACAACAUCUGCCAGGGGUCGAGGUGGUAGGGCGGGAGCCAAACGAGCGGAGAGUUCAGCUUCGUCAUCAUCGGGCUGGAAGUCCAAGAAAACAGGGAACAGCUUUGGCUUCGAUUUAAUGCCACUGCCAGGAUCAAAAUAAUUUAAAAUGCUUUGACGUUUUGCCUAAGAAACUACAGUUUUUUGAUGUUACAGUGUUUAUAAGGGUAUUAAUGUAACAUAAGCUAAAAGGUUUUUGAAAUAAGUUGUUAAAAAAUUUCAAA